AUGUCCUAAAGGAAGAAAAAAAUAGAAGCAACACCUACAAGAGUUGCUUUGGUUUGUUUGAAGACAACAUAGAAUAAUAUCUAAAUCAAUAAUCAGUCCUUAUUAAAGAUUUUCUCCUAAUAUGGCUCUAUAUCAAAAGUAUUCCAAAUAGUGAUAUAUAAUAUAAUAGAUUUUAAUAUUUGAAAGAGGAUAGCUUUAAACAAAAGUAUUUAUUGAAUAUGAUGAAGUUGAUUCUGCUAUUGAUGCAAUCAAGUAAGUAUUCAAUUUUUUAUAAUAGAUCUAUGAACAACACAAAAAUCUUAAAUUAAAUUUCAUGCAAUGUUUAUCAUUCUAGAUUGAAAUAACUAAAACUUGAUACUGUUCCUUAUACUAAAGGUCUAGACUUUACUAACCCUCCUUCUAAUACUGCUGAUUAAAUGGAAUCAAAUGAGGAAUAACAAGAAAUAGUUAAAAUCAAUUAAUGGGAAGACUUUUAAUUUGAUAACAAUUCAACAGAUGAAGUUUCUGAUGAAGAGGAACCUUAAUUUUCAGAAGAGAAAAUGAGUGAUAUUAUUACAAAACUCAAUUAAAUAGAUGAUGAAAUUAAUAAAACAAUUGAAACUAAAAUUGUUACAGCUUUAGAUAAAUUACAAUAAAAUACUAUGUGCAUUCAAGUAUUGAUCACAUAUGAUAUAUUAAAUGAUAUGAAUUUUGUUAUCAAAUUAUUUUGUUUCUUUGGAUAAAUUGUAAAAAUUAAUUUAUUAUUUAGAAAUAUUUAAAAUAAAGUUAAAUUUAUAUCUAUAUCAAAUAUGGAUCUAAUCAAUAAUGCUAAAAAGCAUUUUAAUUGCUAAAAGAUUAUUUAGAAAUUAAAAUUUAAUAUAAUUUUGAAAAUGUAAAUGGUAAAUUAAUUCAACCUGAUAAUAUUAUAAAUUAAAACUCAUUAGAUGCCAUUGAAGAUUAAUCAGCUAUAUAAGAACUUUUUUAGUCAUAUAAAAUUAUUAAAUAGUAGAACAAUAGUUUAAUAUAGAUCAAAUAAUGA